UUAUGGAUGAGCAAAUAGACUAUGAUCACAGAGGCUGAGUGACGCGGCCCUGGGUCCUUUAUAAACCAAACUCUUUCCACUCUCAGCAGUCAAGUUACACACGCUAAGAGUCAAGUCUAACACUGCUGCUCCAGCUCUAAACUCCAUUUUUCAAAACCUCAUCUCGAGGCCAGAAGGAGGGAACGACUUACCAAGAGGGUGCCAAUUAAAAAAAAGCGGACGACCAGCUUCCCUGCUCAUUGUAAAGCGGAUAAUUUAAUCCAUCACUGUCCUGUCACUAGUGGUUUCUUCACAAGUGCAUCCGAAAAAUCUCCGGGCUGCUUCUGAAACUCAUCCGAGUUUGAACUUCCCUCUACUGGGCGCGCGCUUGGCACCGACCUGCUAAAAGUUUUUCUGCGCUGCCGAGCGAGUGUCAUCGAGGUAUAAAAGUGGACGCGGAAAAAGCCACCAUGAUGAGCAAUAACUACAGCGAGGACCAGCUGCCUCCACAGUACUACCAGGGCACCGAGUUUGGGGAAGAGGAGGACGACGAAAUGCCAGCCACAGAGAAGGACCUGGCGGAGGACGCGCCGUGGAAGAAGAUCCAGCAGAACACCUUCACCAGGUGGUGCAACGAGCACCUGAAGUGCGUCAAUAAGACCAUCUCCGACCUGCAGAGGGAAUUCACUGAUGGGCUGAAGCUGAUUUCCCUCCUGGAGGUUUUGAGCCAGAAGAAAAUGUACAGAAAGCACCACAUCAGACCCAACUUUCGUCAGAUGAAACUGGAAAAUGUUUCAGUGGCGCUGGAGUUUCUGGACAGAGAGCACAUCAAACUGGUCUCUAUAGAUAGCAAAGCCAUCGUGGAUGGAAAUCUAAAGCUGAUUCUGGGUCUUAUCUGGACCCUCAUUCUCCACUACUCUAUCUCCAUGCCCAUGUGGGAUGACGAUGAUGAUGAAGAGACUAAGAAGAUGACCCCCAAACAGCGCUUGUUGGGCUGGAUACAGAACAAGGUGCCCCAGCUGCCCAUCAACAACUUCAAUCGUGACUGGCGGGACGGCAAAGCCCUGGGAGCUCUGGUGGACAACUGCGCCCCCGGUUUGUGUCCUGAUUGGGCAGAGUGGGACCCAAACAAGCCAGUGCAGAAUGCCAGAGAGGCCAUGCAGCAGGCCGACGACUGGUUGGGCGUGCCCCAGGUGAUUGCCCCUGAGGAGAUUGUGGACCCAGAUGUGGAUGAGCACUCAGUGAUGACUUACCUGUCCCAGUUCCCCAAGGCAAAGCUGAAGCCUGGAGCUCCUCUCAAGUCCAAACAGCUUUUCCCAGACAAGGCCAAAGCCUACGGACCUGGUAUUGAACCACAUGGCAACAAGGUGCUGAGACCAGCUGUGUUUACUGUGGAGACUCUGGAGGCUGGCAGUGGUGAGGUCCUGGUCUAUGUGGAGGAUCCUGAGGGAUACAAAGAGGAGGCUAAAGUUAAACCCAACAAGGACAAAUGUGGAACCUACACAGUCACCUAUGUUCCAAAAGUUGAAGGUGUUCACAAGGUCAAAGUGCUGUUUGCUGGUCAGGACAUUGACAAAAGCCCUUACACUGUGAAUGUAGCAAAGGACUUGGGUGACCCCAAUAAAGUCCAUGCUAGGGGACCAGGUCUGGACCCUACAGGAAAUGUUGCCAACAAGCCCACCUAUUUUGACAUCUAUACAGCUGGUGCAGGUAAUGGUGAUGUCAGUGUGGUCAUCGUUGACCCUCAAGGCAAAAAGGACACAGUUGAGCUCAUCCUGGAAAACAAGGGCGACAGCGUUUUUCGUUGUACUUAUCGUCCCGUGCUGGAGGGACCCCACAAGAUCCAUGUCCUGUUUGCAGGCCAGGAGAUUCCCAAGAGCCCUUUUACUGUCAACAUCGCAGAGGCCAUGAACCCAAAUGCCUGCAGAGCUACAGGCAGAGGCCUUCAGCCUAAAGGCGUGAGAGUAAAGGAGGUUGCAGACUUCAAAGUUUUCACCAAGGGAGCUGGCAGCGGAGUGCUGAACGUCUCAGUCAAAGGACCAACUGGAGCAGAGGAGAAAGUGCAAGUGAAAGAUGCAGGAAACGGUGUGUAUGAAUGUGAAUAUUUGCCCCUUAAGCCUGGCAAAUACACAGUCAGCAUCACCUGGGGAGGCCAACCCAUCCCACGCAGCCCCUUUGAGGUGGAGGUGGGGCCAGAGGCAGGUUUUCAGAAGGUGAGGGCCUGGGGUCCUGGUCUGAAGACUGGCAUGGUAGGAAAAUCAGCUGACUUUGUGGUCGAGGCCAUCGGCACUGAAGUUGGAACACUAGGCUUCUCCAUCGAAGGCCCAUCACAGGCUAAAAUUGAGUGUGAUGAUAAGGGUGAUGGCUCUUGUGAUGUGCGCUAUUGGCCCACUGAGCCUGGUGACUAUGCUGUCCACGUCAUCUGUGACGACGAGGACAUCAAGGACAGCCCUUUCAUGGCUCACAUUCUCCCUGCAGUGAACGAUGUCUUCCCUGAGAAGGUUAAAGCCUUCGGUCCAGGUCUUAAGCCAACCGGCGUCAUUGUGAACAGACAAACUGAAUUCACCAUUGAUGCCCGUAUGGCAGGGAAGGGUCACCUCAAGAUCUAUGCACAGGACGCCGAAGGCUGUACCAUCGACAUCAAAAUCACUGACAAGGGAGAUGGCACCUUUCUAUGUGUGUACACUCCUGUCAAGUCCAUCAAACACACCAUCAUCAUCACCUGGGGGGAGGUCAACGUGCCCAGCAGUCCCUUCAGAGUGCUGGUUGGAGAGGGUUCUCAUCCAGAUAAAGUCAAAGUCUACGGGCCUGGAGUGGAGAAGACAGGGCUCAAGGCUAAUGAGCCAACAUACUUCACUGUGGACUGCGGUGAGGCCGGUCAAGGGGACAUCAGCAUUGGAAUCAAGUGUGCCCCUGGGGUGGUUGGCCCUGCUGAGGCAGACAUCGACUUUGACAUUAUCAAGAAUGACAAUGACACCUUUACUGUCAAAUACACUCCCCCUGCUGCGGGCAAAUAUACCAUCAUGGUGCUGUUUGCCGACCAGGAAAUUCCUGUCAGUCCAUACAAAGUCAAAGUGGAUCCUUCCCAUGAUGCGGGCAAAGUGAGAGCAGAAGGUCCUGGACUCAACAAAACAGGUGUGGAGGUGGGCACUCCAACCCACUUCACCAUCUACACAAAGGGAGCUGGUAAGGCCAAGCCCGAGGUGCAUUUUGCAGCAUCAGGCCAAGGAGAGGCGGUUCGUGACUUUGAGAUCAUCGAUAACCACGAUUACUCCUACACUGUCAAGUACACGGCUCUUCAACAGGGUAACAUGGCAAUUUCAGUCACUCAUGGAGGGGAUCCCGUUCCCAAGAGCCCCUUUAACAUCACAGUGGCUCCACCUCUGGAUAUUGGAAAGGUCAAAGUGGAGGGAUUAGAGAACAAAGUGGAAGUCGGAAAGGAUCAGGAGUUCACAGUUAACACAAAGGGCGCUGGUGGGCAGGGCAAUGUAGGUGUGAAGAUGACCUCACCCUCUGGCCGACCAAUCCCAUGCAAGCUGGAGUCAGACAAAGCCAAAGGCACUCACAGUGUUAAGUACAUUCCCCCAGAGGAGGGGCAGUACAAGGUUGAUGUCAGCUAUGAUGGCAACCCAGUGAUGGGAAGUCCCUUUGGGGUUGAAGCAGUCAUGCCUGCCGAUCCCUCAAAGGUGCGAGCCUAUGGCCCAGGCCUGAAGGGAGGCAUUGUAGGCAAACCAGCUCCAUUCACCAUUGACACGAAGGGAGCUGGUGCAGGUGGACUGGGCCUGACGGUGGAGGGUCCCUGUGAGGCAAAGAUUGAGUGCCAGGAUAAUGGUGAUGGUACCUGCUCAGUGAACUACCUGCCCACUGAGCCAGGGGAGUACGCCAUCAACAUCUUGUUUGCUGAGAAGCACAUCCCCGGUUCUCCCUUCAAAGCCCCAGUGCGCUCAGCCCUGGACCCCAGCAAGGUAACAGCCAGUGGGCCUGGACUUGAGAGGGCCAAGGCAGGAGAGCCAGCUACCUUCACUGUGGACUGCACUCGGGCGGGAGAGGCUGAGCUCACCAUUGAGAUUGUGUCAGAGACCGGGGUUAAGGCUGAAGUGCACAUCCAGAAGACUGCAGAAGGGACCUUCUCUGUCACGUACAUCCCCUCCUUCCAUGGCACACACACCAUCACUAUCAAAUAUGGUGGUUCCAUGAUUCCCCAGUUUCCCAAGGUCCUCCAGGUUGAGCCCUCAGUCGACACCACUGGGGUGCAUGUUUAUGGACCAGGAGUGGAGCCCAGAGGGGUUCUCAGAGAAGUCACAACCCACUUCAUCGUUGAUGCCCGCGCCCUCAACAAGGCUGGAGGAAAUCAUGUUAAGGUUCAUGUUAUCAACCCCUCAGGCGCCAACACAGACACCUACAUCACUGACAAAGGAGACGGCACCUACAGAGUGGAGUACACUACAUUUGAGGAUGGAAUGCAUCUGAUCGAGGUGCUGUAUGACGAUGCUCCUGUUCCAAAGAGUCCCUUCAGGGUGAACGUGGUGGAGGGAUGUGAUCCAACCCGAGUUCGUGCCUUUGGGCCAGGUCUAGAGGGAGGAAUUACCAACAAGCCCAAUUUCUUCACAGUGGAGACCAGGGGUGCUGGUACAGGAGGCCUGGGCCUGACCAUUGAGGGAGCAUCAGAGGCAAAAAUAUCCUGCAAAGACAACAAAGACGGCAGCUGCAGUGUGGAGUACAUCCCCUACACCCCUGGAGAGUAUGAUGUUAACAUUAACUACGGAGGUCAGCCCAUCCCUGGCAGUCCGUUCCGUGUACCUGUCAGGGACCCUGUGGACGCCAGCAAGGUGAAGUGCUCCGGUCCAGGUUUGGGUGCUGGAGUGAGAGCCCACGUUCCUCAGACUUUCACAGUAGACUGUACCAAGGCAGGACAGGCCCCACUGGAUGUCAAACUCUACGGCCCAUCAGGUACAGUGGAGCCAGUUGGUGUAAAGAACAAUGGUGAUGGCACCCACACAGUGCAUUACACCCCAGCCCAGGAUGGCCCUUACACUGUAGCUGUCAAGUAUGCAGAUCAAGAGGUCCCACACAGUCCUUUCAAGGUAAUGUCUCAGCCCGGGCAUGACGCCAGUAAGGUACGCGCAAGUGGUCCUGGUCUAGACAAAAAAGGUGUGUCUGCAAGCCUGCCAGUGGAGUUCACCAUUGAUGCCCGUGACGCUGGAGAGGGACUGCUCACUGUGCAGAUUCUGGACCCAGAGGGCAAGCCGAAGAACGCAACAAUCCAGGACAACAGGGAUGGCACCUACACUGUUUCCUAUGUGCCUGACUCUACAGGCCCUUACACCAUCACCAUUAAAUAUGGCGGGGACGAGAUCCCUUAUUCCCCGUACAACAUCCAGUCUCUUCCUACAGGAGAUGCCAGCAAAUGUCGUGUCACAGUUUCAAUCGGAGGACACAGCGUCUCAAGCCUUCAGAAGCUGCAGACCUCAGAGGAUACAGUAAUCACUGUGGAUGCAAAGGCUGCUGGGAAAGGCAAGGUGACCUGUAAGGUGCUCACCCCACAGGGGAUGGAGGUAGACAUGGAUGUGGUGGAGAAUCAUGAUGGGACCUUUGACAUUUACUACACCGCUCCCGAACCUGGAAAAUAUGUUAUUACGAUCCGCUUUGGGGGACAGAACAUCCCUAAGAGCCCCUUCCAGGUGGUGGCCACAAAUGAGCCAGUUGUCCCCCGGGAUACUGUGGAUCCUCUCUUCCGUCCUGUUAACUUCCUCGUCCCCUUCACGCCGCAGCAAGGAGAAAUCACAGGUGAGGUGCGGAUGCCUUCAGGCAAGACUGCCCGCCCUCAUAUCACUGACAAUAAGGACGGCACCAUCACAAUCAAGUACCAGCCCACAGAGAGAGGCCUGCAUGAGAUGGACAUUAAAUAUGAAGGCAACCACAUUCCAGGAAGCCCUCUGCAGUUCUUUGUGGAUGCUGUAAACAGCGGGGUAGUGACUGCCUAUGGUCCAGGACUGAGUUACGGCAUGGUCAACAAGGCUGCCACGUUCACUGUGGUCACCAAGAAUGCAGGAGAAGGUGGUCUGUCCCUGGCAGUUGAGGGUCCCUCUAAGGCCGAGAUCACCUGUAAGGACAACAAAGAUGGCACCUGCACUGUGUCCUAUCUGCCCACAGCUCCCGGAGACUACAACAUCAUUGUCAAGUUUGACAACAAGCACAUUUCUGGCAGUCCCUUUACUGCUAAGAUCACAGGGGAUGACUCCAUAACCAGAACAUCCCAGCUGAACGUCGGCACAGCAGCUGACGUGUCCCUGAAGAUUGCAGAGACAGAUCUGAGCUCUCUAUCAGCCAGUAUCAGAGCUCCAUCAGGCAAUGAGGAGCCCUGCCUGCUCAAGAGACUGCCCAACAGACACCUUGGUAUCUCUUUCACCCCUAAGGAGGUGGGCGAGCACGAAGUAAGCGUGAGGAAGAACGGCAUGCACGUGGCCAACAGCCCUUUCAAAAUCAUGGUUGGUCAGUCAGAGAUUGGUGAGGCCAGCAGAGUGAAAGUUUUUGGAAAAGGUCUGGUGGAGGCACAUACUUUUGAAAUGGCUGAGUUCUUUGUGGAUACAAGAAAUGCAGGUUAUGGAGGUCUAGCAUUGUCAGUUGAGGGUCCGAGCAAAGUUGAUAUCAACUGUGAAGAUGUAGAGGACGGGACAUGCAGAGUGACCUACUGUCCAACAGAGCCUGGGAGUUACACUGUUAACAUCAAGUUUGCUGAAAAGCACAUCCCAGGAAGUCCUUUCACAGUGAAAGUAACUGGAGAAGGAAGAAUGAAGGAGAGUAUUACUAGAAAGAGACAGGCGUCUUCUAUUGCAUCAGUGGGCAGCACAUGUGGCCUUAACCUCAAGAUCCCAGGAAACUGGUUCCAGAUGGUUUCAGCUCAGGAGAGGCUGACCAGGACGUUCACCCGCAGCAGCCACACCUACACCCGCACUGAGCGCACAGAGAUCAGCAAAACACGCGGGGGAGAGACCAAGAGGGAGGUACGAGUGGAGGAGAGCACCCAGCUGGGCGGGGGAGGAAGUCCCUUCAGAGAUGUGUUUGGAGAUUUCCUCGGUAGAGAGAGUCUCACUAGCUUCGCUGGCAUCGCCGCCAGACCUGAGGGUCCAGUUGAAAGCGGCUCCCAAGCCAUGACGGCUCAGGUGACCAGCCCGAGUGGGAAAACAGCAGACGCCGACAUUGUGGACGGAGGCAGCAGCACCUACAGUGUGCGCUUCAUCCCCCAGGAAAUGGGACCCCACACUGUAAACGUCAAGUACAGAGGUCAACAUGUCCCUGGGAGCCCCUUCCAGUUUACUGUGGGACCCAUGGGAGAGGGUGGAGCACACAAGGUCCGUGCAGGUGGACCUGGUCUUGAGAGAGGCGUGGCUGGAGCACCCUCUGAGUUUAGCAUCUGGACCAGAGAAGCAGGUGCUGGUGGUCUAUCUAUUGCAGUAGAGGGUCCAAGUAAGGCAGAAAUCUCUUUUGAAGACAGGAAGGAUGGUUCCUGUGGUGUCUCCUACAUUGUUAAAGAACCAGGUGACUAUGAGGUGUCAAUCAAAUUCAACAAUGAACACAUCCCUGACAGCCCAUUCAUCGUUCCAAUUGCAACACUGUCAGACGAGGCCCGCAGGCUCACUGUCACAAGCCUUCAGGAGAAGGACUUGAAGGUAAACCAAGAGGCAUCCUUCAUGGUGCAGCGCAACGGGACUCGAGGUGUGGUUGACGCCAAAGUCCACACCCCCUCUGGCUCUUCUGAGGAAUGCUACGUCACUGAACUUGACAGCGAUAAGAAUGCAAUCCGCUUCAUUCCACGGGAGAACGGCGUUCACUCCAUAGAUGUCAAAUUCAAUGGAUGCCACAUUCCUGGGAGUCCCUUCAACGUGCGAGUGGGGGACACUGGGCUGAUUGCAGACCCAGGCAUGGUGACAGCAAAUGGCCCUGGACUGCUGGGAGGAACAACAGGUGUAGCCUUAGAGUUUGUGGUUAACACCUGCAACGCAGGCUCUGGCACCCUGUCUGUCAACAUUGACGGGCCGUCAAAGGUCAAGAUGGACUGUCGCGAGUGUCCCGAAGGCUACAAGAUCAACUACACACCCAUGGCACCCGGCAACUAUCUCAUCACAAUUAAAUACGGAGGACCGCAGCACAUCGUGGGCAGCCCUUUCAAAGCCAAAAUAACAGGUGCCCGGCUAUCAGGGGGACACAGCCUCCAUGAAACUUCCUCUGUUUUGGUGGAAACAGUCACCAAGACCUCCAAAGUAGGUGGCGCCUACAGCUCCUCGUCUUCCACCACCUCAACAAUAAUGGCAUCUGAUGCCAGCAAGGUGCUUUGUCGUGGAGCAGGGCUGUCCAAGGCUUUGAUUGGACAGAAAAACAACUUCACAGUUGACUGCAGUAAAGCAGGUACCAACAUGUUGAUGGUGGGUGUGCAUGGACCCCAUGCUCCCUGUGAGGAUGUGUAUGUCAAGCACAUGGGCAACAAGCUCUACAACGUCACCUACACCAUCAAGGACAAGGGCAGCUACACUGUCAUCGUCAAAUGGGGCGACGACAACAUCCCCGGGAGCCCUUACAAAGUGGUCACUCCUUAAAAUAAACUGGACCAAUGUGCCAGCCCUUCUCCUACACUGACCUGCCACCCUUGUCUCAUCAUGUCAAUCAAACUGCCCACUACUUCUCUUCUGGUGCUGCUCUUCAGCGCAUUAGUGUACUCAACAAGCACUAAAACCUGCAAGGACAUCUGCUUACAGUUUUCUAGAUGACAGAAUACCUGAUGUGCCAAAGUUUUGUAUUAACUCAAGGAAUUACAUUUAAUGAGAUUCCAUCCACAUUAAGAGUGAUAUGAAGGCAAAAGCGUGGCUUAUGAGUCUGCGAGUAAUGUUGGUUUAAUACUUUAUCUGUUCUUGUCUUGUAAAGGAAUGGCAUAACAUGAAUGUUUGAAGAUGUUGGAGUUAUCAGCAGUGUUUAAGUGUGAUGCAGUAUGGUUUUGUAUGGUUUAAGAAUGAGAUUUUGAUCUGUUUUUGUUAUAUUAACCUAUUUUUGGUAAGUCUUUGCAGCUCUAAUAAAGAUUUAAUUGCUAACUUU